UAAAGCAAAGAUAAAAAAUUUAAAUUAAAAUAAAAUGUAAAAAUAUGACUCUCAGGUCAUUUGAUGGUAUUUAUUUCUUUUCUUUUCCUACAAACACGCACACCCACUUAAAUGUCAUUUUAAACAAAAUAAGCCAACUGCAGUACAACACCAUGGCCCUAAAUUCCUUCAAACAUUAUCCUCUCUUCACGUUUCUUAUGUUUACUCUCACUGAAGCAUCAUCAGAUGUUCCUAUUUUCCUUCGCGAAAACUGCACAACCAUCGAAACCUUCAUCUCCAACACCACUUUCCAGUUCAACCUCAUAACCCUCUUGUCUUCUCUAUCUUCCAACGCCACCGGAAACACCCAAUUCUACAACACCACCUUAUCCGGCAAAAGCUCCUCCGACACCGUCUACGGCCUCUUCCUCUGCCGUGGUGACGUGCCCCCUCAACUUUGCCAACAGUGCGUGUUGAACGCAAUCCAAAGACUAAGCAAUCAAAGCUCAGAUACAUGCAAGUUUGCCAAAAGUGCUAUAAUUUGGUAUGACGAGUGUUUGGUUCGCUAUUCCAACUGGUAUUUCUUCUCCACGGUGGACACAAGGCCUAGAAUGCGUUUGCGAAACACUGCCAACGUUUCCGACACAAAAAGCUUCUUGCGUUUGUUGUACACCACUUUGAAUGAAACUGCAGAUGAGGCAGCGAAUUCUUCGAACGGUGCUAAGUUAUACGCCACAAAGCAAGCUAAGAUCUCUGGGUUUCAGACCCUCUAUUGUAUGACUCAGUGUACACCGGAUUUGUCACCCCAAGAUUGCAGAAGGUGUCUCAGUGGUGUGAUAGGGGAUCUUUCUUGGUGUUGUCCUGGAAGCCAAGGAGGAAGAGUUUUGUAUCCAAGUUGUAACUUUAGGUAUGAGUUGUACCCUUUCUAUAGAAUGGAUUCCCCGGCACCUGAAGGAAUUAUUAGUCCAACACAUUCUACAAUGGAUAAAGGUGAAGCAGGAAAGAAAGGAAUCUCAUCAGAGAUAGCAACUGCAACCUUUGUUUCGAUUACUGUCGCAGGGCUGUCUUGGGUAUUUGGUUCUUAAGUAACUGAUUGAUUGGUGGGAGGGUGUUCACUCUUAAUAAGUACAAGUAUUAUUAAAAUGAUAAGAUUGAGUAUGGAUUAUGCAAGAAUUUUGAUUUUCAAUUGUA